AUGGGGGUGACCACUGGUGGACCUUUAUACACGGACAAGUCGGAGGACAAACUCAAGAAGGGAACUUGGACAACAUUAGAGGAAGAAAUUCUUUUGGAGGCCGUUCGUGAUCUCUCGAGCGAGAAUUGGCAUGCAGUGGCGAUGAAGGUCCCUGGAAGAAAUGCCAAGCAAUGUAUGCAGAAGUGGCAAACCGACCUGGAUCCACAAAUCAAUCGCCUGCCAUGGACACCGGAGGAAGAUGAGAAACUAGUGGAGGCAUACCAUACGUUUGGUAAUUCAUGGCAGCAGAUCGCAAAAACAGUCGAGACACGAACA